AGGAAACCCGCCCUAUUGGUGUAAAGCCAAGAUUACAGAGGAGCUCUAUAACCUUUGGUGUAAAGCAGAUGAAGGGGAAGAAAUGAACUAACACAAUUUGUCUCAAUGAAGGUUAAAUUAUUAUUGCCUGUAACUUUUAUUGCCGUCAUGUAUGAUUUGCCCUAUUCAAGAUGGCAGGCCUCCACCAAGUGCGGCCCCUUCAUUUGAAUAACAGCCAGCGCGUGCCGUGCACUGCCGGCCCGCGACCGUUGGUGGCUGCUGUCGCCGCGCGCUCGAGGUGCGCUCCGGGAGCGCGGGGAUGGGCAGCGGCGGCGGCGGCGGCAGUCCUUUAGCGCUGCGCCAUAAGUAAAUCAAACAGUCCGGGUUUUUUUCACCUCUCCUUCGCAGCGAAUGCUCUUUACUGGUGUAAAUAACAAUGAGCGACGACAGCGAUGAAUCGAACUCCUUUGAAGUAACUGUUUUGCUGGCCGAUGGAAAGGAGGUGAGGGUGGAGGUAAGGCCGGACGACACGAUCGAGGAUGUGAAGGAGAGGUUGAUCGCGGAGAUCGAGGGCAGCAGCUGGCAGGUGGGGCGUUGGAGCCCCGAGCUCAUCACCUUGGCGUCCGGUCACCUCCCACUGAACGACGAUGACACGGUCGCAGAGUCUGGACUUCGGGCAGAGUCUGCAAUUGUUCAACAUUACACAACUCCAGAUGGAUCCGGAACCAUUGAUUACACAAUUGCUGGCACGUUUCCCCAAGGUACAUCAUCAGAUUGGACCACAUCGAUAGCAUUUGAACCUAGCACUACAGAGAGCGAACGCACAUCGGGACACGACAACAGAUUUCUAGAGCUUGGUUACAACCGCUUAAAGUCCUGCGACAUUUGUGGACUCAAAGAUGAUGAAACAAAAUGGAGAGUGGUCGAACCUCAAGUCUCCGAGCGUGAUCUGCAUUUUAGAAUUUACCUUCCUGAGGAAGGUUUUUAUGAAUGUUUUAUAACUGGACUGAGAUGGGAAAUCAAAAGUGCAAUAACAAUUGCUUACCGAUACUGCUCGUGGAAUGAAUAUGCCCCUAUUAUUGUGAUAAAGGAAACAGAAUAUUGUGGUCCGUUAUUUAACAUUGUGGCAGAGGACAACGUUGUCACAGCAAUUCAUCUACCUCAUUUUGUUUGUUUGAAAGAUCGACACAGGAAAAAUAUAUUUGCAAUUUUCUACGUGAGGGAACAGUCUUACAGAGUACAGAAACCAUCAGAAGUCCAUGAGGCUCACGUUGAAUUACAGAUGCCAACAUUUUCCCUUCUGGGAGUCAUAAUUGAUAAAACUUCUCAGUUCUCAUGUCAUAGUCUGACAGUCAUUUAUCAAACUCAAUAUACUGAUGCUGCAGUUCUCCACAUCUAUGUUGUCCCACAUGACUUCUCAGUAAUACAGGCAGUACAUAAGCAGGAAUCUGAAUCCACAUUGAUUAAACAUCCUUCACAGAUAACAUCACUUUACUUUGGCAGGAAAUAUUCUGUGAAAAGUUAUUCAAAAGUGCAGAUUGCGCCAGAUGAAAUGAAAUUUCAGUGCACUGAUAUGGAUUCAAAUCAGCCAUUCUAUGAAGUAAUUAUUACAGAGGAACCGAGUUCUUUUGAAUUAAAACUCACCAAGAGGAAAAAGGAAGAUCCUUUAUGGCAAAUCGCACUGACAUUUCAAAAUGGUAAAGUUUCAAGCCAGGAGAACUUAGAUGAGGAUGUUAGUCAGAAAAAAGGGGACAUGCCUUUGAAAAAAGAUUCUUUGACAUCAGAAGUUCGUUCAUCAGCGUCAGAUGAAGUACAUAUAUUUUAUGCAGAUUUAACAGAUCCUUUGGAAAACAUAGAUGUUGAUCCAGGCUCUGCAUCUCCUACCCAAUUAUCUUCAGAUACAACAGUUCCUUCGGAAAACAUAGAUGUUGAUCCAGGCUCUACACCUCCUGUUCGAUUAUCUUCAGAUACAACAGUUCUUUCGGAAAACAUAGAUGUUGAUCCAGGCUCUACACCUCCUGUUCGAUUAUCUUCAGUUCCUGUGGGAAACAUAGAUGUUGAUUCACUCUCUACAUCUCCUGUUCGAUUAUCUUCAGAACUGGAAAUAUCUGAGACAUAUGUAAAUGCGACUGCUAAACAAUCUGAUUCCUCUUCAGAUGGAGAAAAAGCAGGAUUGUCUCUCUUUGGACCUUCUGACACCAUGGCAGAUGCAGGGUUGGAUUUCUAUGAAGCUUCUGAAUAUUUUACAGUUUUAUCUUUCGGGAAGUUUGAUCUCAUUGGAUCUUGUCACCAUUUGCAAGCUGUGGACUUGGAAUACGAUAGUUAUCCUAUAUUACUCACACCGCCUAUAGUUGAAACACCAGUGGAAGCACUUUGUCGCUACAUUAUUGAGCCAGAAGAUGUUUGCGAAUGUAUAACAGGUGUUACCCCUUUUCGUGCUCAAAAAGAUGCAGAAGGCACUUGCAAAGCUAGAACAGAUCUUGGUUCCAGCCAACAAGAUUCUAAAGAUACUUGUAAACAUACUGCAGAUAUUGGUCCUUGUUGCUAUCAUCAAGGUAUUUUGGAGAUAAAGGGUCCUCAAGAUGCUCACAGAAAACAAGAUCCAGAAGCUAUUUGCCGUGAUGAAACUGAUGAAUUAUUUGAACAAGGUACAUAUAAAAUACUAUUAAAUAGUGGUGCAUAAGUCGUAGGUCAUUAUUUUAAGGCUUGACUUUCUUGCAUUGGUUCAUUGAGAGUAGGUUUAUUACAGUUUUUAUUAGUAUUUUGAUAAUUGGGUACGGUUUUGGUUAUUUUAAUAAAAAGCUCACAAGGAAUGAAUUGACAUUCAGUGUCUAUACAAUCACAACUAAAGUACAACUAAAUCAACAAUUUAUAAAAAAUAACAAUCACACUCACUUUUGUGAAAUAAUGCACCCCUUGCAGCAGAAGUUCCUGCUGCAGCCUUGCCACUGUUGCUACAGUUCUAAAUUGGCCUUAAUAUCAUAUAUAGUAAGUAGACACAAAAUGCUGGAGUACCUCAUCUCUGGAGAGAAGGAAUGGGUGAUGUUUCAGGUCGAGACCAGACUCCCGAAAUGUCACCCAUUCCUUCGCUCCAGAGAUGCUGCCUGUCCUGCUGAGUUACUCCAGUAUUUUGUGUCUACCUUCGAUUUAAACCAGCAUCUGCAGUUCUUUCCUGCACAUCUAUAUAAUUAAAAGUCUAAACUUGACCACUUCCUGUUUGCACUGUAUAUUGAUUUUAGAAAUAACGUAACCACUUACGGCCGUGAUUUGUGGCCACCUUACUCAGAGUCCCCCUCCAGCUGUCAGGGCCAGCGGAUUUUUCCCAUCGAUGAAAAAUAAAAGACUUAUUAAUGUUUAAAAAAUGUUGCGAUUCUCUCUUCUGUCAAUCACGCCAUGGCCACACCCCUUCAGUGGGAGGGGGAGAAGUUAUAAAACACGGCAGUUUGGGCAUGGCUCAGUCUCUGCAAGAUGGGGGAGGGAGACGGUCACGACUCUCAGUCUGAAAAGGAAAUCUACAGAACACUGAGAAUACUGACCUAUGUUGCCUGACCUCCUGAGUACCCCAGCGUUUUCUGCAUUUAUUUCAGAGUGCAGACCUAGUCUGUUUAAUCUCUCCUUAUAACAAACUCUCCACCCCAGAAAACAAUCUGGGAAAUCUUCAGUGCACUCCUCAAAUCGUUUUAAUUCUUUUACUGAUACUUUACAAGAGGAAUUCCUGUCGAUUCAAAAAGGUAAAC